AUGGCAGCCCAACACUUCUAUCACGGGGACAUUUGGCAAGAUGUCCGACUCUAUCUCGCCGAAGCACCAACUUCGCACGACAAAUCUAUCAAGAUUACGGCUUCUCUACUAAUCAUAUGUCUGCUUUCUCAUCUUCCAACUACCCUCGGCGCUGUCGCAGCGCAAAACAACCGCCAAUCCCCGACUCUGUGCCGGUUGAAGCUAUUCUUCGUUGUCAUCUUGAUGUUCUUCGAAACUCUCAACUUGUUCGCGCGCUAUACUCUCCCUUCAUUGAGUACCACUUUCUCACCUGCUGUUGCCGCGCUCAACUUCUUUCUCGCUUGCGCUACUUUCUCCGUGAUUGACAUAAGCGCCAAGCGACCAUUUUCACGACUACCAGCCUGCCUCUUCUUACUCUUCGGUACCGUCUCGUCUUUUAGCCAAUGCCAAAGCUAUUAUCAGACCCAUUUGCGGUAUUUCGCCAGCGCCAGCAUGCUCGCAGGCUGUUGCUGCAGGGUGAUGCUACUUGUUUUGCAGAUGCUGCCUGGACAGCUGGUUCCCAAACUUACGCCUAGGUGGAUCUCGCCGUACAUCUCCUGGUAUGAGGAACUGACGACUCUGCUCCAAUCCGCCUUUUUUGCAAUGUUCCGAGCUUUUCCAAGCCCCGACUCUGUACAAGAGCUGGAGCUGGAACUCGAUCCCCAUCCUCUCUCAGAGGUCUUCUCCAAGAUAUGGCGCGAGACUGACGAGAGGUCCAAAAACCGUUUAUUCACCGUCUGCGUGCGGACAGUUUCCUGGCUACUUUUCCUUGGAAUACUCCCUCAUCUUCUUACUACUGCUGUACUGCUUUCGCAGCCGCUACUGCUCAAACGAAUCAUUGUCUUUGUGGGAGUGGCGGCUCCAGAUUCGGAGACUCGAUGGACACUAGUCAUGUCCGUUUUUAUUAUUUGCUUCGGGUCUGCUGUCUCGCGAGCAUGCUAUCACCAUUUGAGCCAUCGCAUGCAUGUCGCACUCCGAGGCGCACUCUUAUUACAGAUCUUUCAGAAAAUACAUCGCCUCGGCCAAAACCAAGCCAAAUUAUCGGCAGCACGCAGCCUCAUUGGCGACGAUGUCUCAGUCAUAUGUGCGCAUUUACAGUUGGUAUACCAGUUUCUCAAUGACACGAUAUAUAUCGUGUUGGGUUUUAUCCUCAUGUGGAUUCUCGCUGGACGGGCAUGUCUAGUCAGUACGUCGAUUAUGGCCAUGUCUGUAAUUUUCCGCGUCUUGCUUCAGAGUAGUUUCUUGAAAGCGCAGUCCGAUCUUGCAGAGUGUUCUCGCAAGCGUUUGGAUGAUACUCGAAGCGCACUAUCACAGCUACCUCUGAUCAAGAUGCUUGGUCUCAGAUCUGUCGUUGUUGCGGGGCUCUAUGCCCUGCGGCGGACCGAAGUACAACGCAUCCAGGCUUUCUUCGACAAGCGCAGUCUUUCGCAGCUUGCUGACGUUGCAGUUGACGUUGUGACCCCGACCAUUCUCAGCUUGGGAUUCUAUCUCACAACUGACAGAGUUGCACCAGAGAAGUUAUUCCCGUCAUUGGCGCUCUCUGUGCAUCUUCAGAUUGCGCUACACACAAGCUUACAUGUAGGAGGCAGCGCCGUCAGCUGUGUCGAGUUGGCCAUUUCGCCAGAAGGUCGUGAAGAGCCUGUUCUUCAAAACAUUCACUUUCAUGUUGAAAAGGGAGCCGUUACGGUUUGUAUUGGACCUGGAAGCUCUGGCAAAUCAACAUUCCUACAAGCCCUGGCUGGUCAAGCCAAUAUCCUCGAAGGCUCUUUAUUCGUCAACAAAGCUGAAGUAGCAUACUGCGACCAAGAUCCGUAUCUGGCGAAUGUCUCUAUCCGAGAUAAUAUCACUGCUGGACUCGAUUUUGACUCGGAGCGAUAUGAUUUAGUACUCAGACUGUGCCUUCUCCACCACGACAUAGAGAAACUUGAUGAAGGCGACGCAUAUGCUACAGGGGAUAAUGGGGUUAAUCUAAGUCGCGGACAGCGCCACCGCGUUGCCUUAGCACGUGCACUGUAUUCGCAAGUAGAGACGGUUGUCAUAGAUGACUUAUUUGGCUCCCUCGACCGAAAAAGUGCUACAUCCAUCCUUUACCUUCUCUGCGGAAAGGAUGAUGGAUUUCUUCGACGAGAAAAACGUACUGUGUUUUUUUCCACUUAUCUGGUGGACUGUUUCGACAUCACUGACCAAGUGCUCAUUUUUGAUGGUCUUGGCAAUGCGAUGCUGAGGAACAACACCGAAGUGGACCCGGAAUUUCGCAACAUGUUGGAAGGCCUGAGCUCACCUCGUGAACUAAACCCUGAGGAGGAAGACCAUAAACAGCUUGCUGGCAUACUAAGAUCUCGACGGAUUCGGAAAUCGUUCAACGCUACCGUACCUCAGCCGAUGAUCCGGAGGUACGAUCCACUUUCAGGCAUACCUGUGUUUGAUGGAGAAUUUACAAAUAGAUGGCCAACCAAACUUGUCAUCAUGAGUAUGUUCUUCAUAACCAUCGGGGAAAACGUUACUGAGUACCUUACUCCAAUCUGGGUGGACUUUUACCCAAACGACAUCAAGUUUCCCCUCGGUUUUGUUCUAGUCAGUCUUAUAACUGCUGGCUUUGCUGUCCUGAACUCAAAAAUGAAAAGUCGAAUUAUGAUACCAAACAAUGCAAAAUAUCUUGAUGAGACUAUCAGUCGAAAAAUAUUUAGUUCGACUCUAGCAUAUCUCGGGGCCGUUGAUCAAGACAAUCUCUUACAGCAAGUGAGUUCAUUUGUUAACAUGGCUGGAGAUCUACCAGCACAGCACUCGUUCCUUUCGUACAUGAUAUUUCACGUCCUUUUUCGAUCUUUUAGCAUUAUAUCGGGGGUUAGAAGUGGCAUCGCUCUGCUGCCCUUACUGGGAAUAUCCGCCUAUUCAAUAGUUCAUUUCAACCGUCGUUCGAGUCGACAAUUACAGCACUUCAGCACCCAGGCCGAAAAGAAGCUUGGGCAAAGAUUCCUGGAGACUGUCAAUGGAGUCAAGCAUACCAGAGCAUUUGGUCGUUUGGAUCGAGACUUGGCCUCGGCUUUUGAAGUUGUUGAUACAUCACAAAGAUGCCACGCACUGGAGUGCUUGGCACUCGCAUUCUCCCGUGGAGAAAUGGCAUUGGCAGAUGCGCAUGAUCUGCGAGAUGCAAUUCAGAAUAUCCCGAUGGAAGAUCACCAGUCUGGUAUCGAUGUGCCUGCUUCGUGGCCAGAGCAUGGAGAAGUGAUAUUCGAGAAUGUUACCGCAAGCUAUAGCACGAAACAGGCGUCAAAUCCCGCCCUGCGCGGAGUUUCACUCGCUGUUGGACCAGGUGAGAAAUUAGCCAUUGCUGGUAGAACUGGCAGUGGUAAAUCGUCUCUUCUAUUGGCACUCCUCGGUUUCCUGCACUACGAAGGCACAAUCAAGAUCGACGGCAUUGACAUCUCUACCAUCAAUCGCGAUGCGCUACGCUCGAGAGUGAUAACUUUAACCUAUGACCCGCUACAAUUGCCAACCACUGUGCGCAAAAACCUUUUGCCAUUUGAUUUUCAGUACUCGGCCAGCGGAGAUGCAGGUCUCGAGGACGAGACCCUUUGCCGUGUUCUCUCUGACUUGGGCAUAUGGAAGCCCAUCUCGCGGCAAGGGGGGCUUAAUGCUUAUUUGCCCACUGUCCAGCUCUCUCGGUCUGAAAUGCAGCUUUUUGGCAUAGCUCGAGCAAUUAUGCAACGCAUGGGCAGAGGAGGGAAGCUGAUACUGAUGGAUGAAGCAACAAGCGCACUGGAUGCGGCCACCGAUAAGCGUAUCCAAGGCGCACUGGCGGCCGCAUUUCCGGGAUGUACGUUUAUGAUUAUUACCCACCGGCAAAUUACCAUCAGGGAUGCAGAAAAAUUCCUCGAGCUACAGGAUGGAGCUGUCGCAUCAUUCAUAGAUACGCGCCAAGUGCGGGAAGAAGACGUGGACGAAGCGAGGGUCUCGUACAAUCAGCUUGCCGAGUCGGCGGGCGGCGGGACACUAGAGUACAAACCGCCUGGGUAA